CGGCAAUUCGUUUUCCACUUCCCGAUGCGAUAAGCUCAAACUGUAAACCAAUCUAUCCGGAGUUUCAUUUCGAGAGAACUACGGGCUGCCUACGGUUAUCACACUAACAUUUGACAUUAUGUUACGUGAAAUAUUGUGUUUGGGAUUCCUAAUCGUAAUAUCUGGCACAGAUAACUCCGAUUUUUUCUCAGCUCUCUCUGAUCUGGAAAAGCUUUUACAUACUGAAGAUGUUGUGCUCAGUAGACUAGAAACCUACAUACGAAAACAGGAUGAAAGACUGAAGGAGCUGCGUUGGAGAACAACUCGGUUAUUCAGAGAGCAUAGCAAGGCCACAAGAAAUAUCACGGACUAUUUGUCCAAUCCGGUAAAUGCCUACCUUCUGAUUAAGCGUCUAACAAUGGAAUGGUAUGAAUUCGAAGGUAUUUCAAACGAUAUCGCGAGCCAGAAGCUCACCAACAAAGACGUUAGUAAGGACACGUCACCACUGUUUCCUACUGUAGACGAUUUGAUUGGGGCUGUUGAUGCGUUGCUGCGGCUUCAAGAUGUGUACAAAUUAGACACGGCAGUGAUUGCUGAUGGAUUGCAUACAGGCUCCAAAAUGUCAGCCGACGAUUGCUUCGUAGUGGGACAACAGCUACAUGAUAACGGCGAUACUCAUCUUGCUGCAGAUUGGUUGCGGGAAGCUUACAGUCGCUUCGAUCAGGGAAAAAUGAGCGUGGACAAAAAGGUUGAGAUAUUGGAAUAUCUGGCGUUCUAUACUUAUUUGAAAGGUAGUAUCGUCGAUGCUUUGAACUAUAUCAAUGAGCUGCUACAGCUGGAUCCGGAGCAUGGAAAUGCACGUCGUCAUAAGGAGUUCUACGAAGAAAUAAUUUGGAAUGGUCAAGAUCAAUACUUCAAAUCGGACAGGAUUCCGAGUAGCAAGGCUAGUAAUGAAAUAUUGCCAAAAUACAAGCAGCUUUGUCGAGGGGAAAUGCAACGCACUGCUUCAGAAAUCUCCAAGCUUAGAUGUCGAUACGUCUCGAACGGCUUAGCAUUUUUGAAAAUAGCUCCGUUCAAAUUGGAAGAAGUGAAUCUCGACCCAUACAUCGUGCUGUUCCACGAUGUUCUUUCCGACGGGGAGAUCGAGAAAUUGAAGGACUUGGCAAAACCACGCUUAGCACGCGCAACGAUUGCAAAUCAUGAUACAGGAAAAUCGGAGUCGUCCAACCUCAGGAUCAGCAAGUCAGCGUGGUUGGAGGAAAGGAAAUACCCCUUAGUGGAUUUAGUUUCAAAACGAGUUGAAGACAUGACCGGGUUGACAAUGGAAACGGCAGAACAACUUCAAGUGGCAAACUACGGCAUGGCCGGUCAAUACGAUCCCCAUUUUGAUUUCUUCCAUUGGGGAAAUGAGGCUGGGAACAAUCGCAUUGCAACCGUUUUGUUCUACAUGAGUGAUGUCAGCCUGGGAGGAGCAACUGUGUUUCCGAAACUUGGAGUGUCCUUGAAGGCGAAAAAGGGGUCUGCUGCAUUUUGGUAUAAUUUGCAUUCUUCGGGAGAUUUGGACUUUUCUACGCUGCACGCUGCAUGCCCUGUACUGAUUGGAGAGAAAUGGAUUGCGAACUUGUGGAUUCGCGAACGAGGACAAGAAUUUCGAAGAAAGUGUAAUCCUGUGGAUUUCGAAAGAAAUGCGUUACCAGAGCUGCGUCAAAACAUUUGAAGUAUCUUGAAGGAGGGAGCACUGCCGGAACGAGUAUUUAUUGUUUUUUGGCCUGCAUUAUAUUGUGCUGACUAUUGAAGUGUUGACGAGUGUUGAUCUUGAAUGCAUAUUAUGUCUAUCAGUUCUCUCUCGAACGUCAUGUUUUUCAAGUCUCUCGUUGUUCUUUUCCAAGAAUGUGUGUUGUUUGUGUUGGUACUUUAACUUUUGAGGACGUUCAUCCCACCAUACGUGAAACAUGAUCCAAGAUUUUAUAGGUCAAGGAAAAAAAGUUGAAUAAAAAUUAUAAAGCAGCCGUCGAUUAAUUUGUGAAUUUUAUAACCUAACUAACGUGUGCACUAAUAUUUACAAAAUUAAUUUGAUAACCUAACUGGGUACAAGCGCCCUAAUAGAUGCCUGGCGUGUCAGAGGUAAACAUAUUAAACAUCAGGGGCCCGAAGAUACUGGCCAGGGGGACGCCUAUGAUAAUGUCGUGGGCAUUGAAAAUCGCACCGCUGAUUCAGAUCCGGACCCGU